AUGAGUGGAGAUACAACUUUUAUAAUAAACUAUGACGGAAAGUUUGAGAAUUUGGAAGAAGGUCCCACCUAUGUUGGGAGAAAUAUUCAUUAUCUUGAAACCGCAGCUCAGUUUCUAUUUGGUGGGAUAAUCUCGGCAGGCAUUGUUGAUAUGUAUGGGCAGCGAGUGUGGUACAAGCUUCCUAACGAAAGAUUAUCAGAGUUGAAGGUGUUGUGUGAUGGUGGUAUAAACUUUCAAAACAUGUGUACUGCUACACAAUGGGUAAGGAAAGUGGAAGUGUACCUUGAACACGAGGAGGUUAACAAGGAGGCUGAAGAGACUGAAUCUUUGGAUGAAAAUGUUGAUGAUUCUCGAAUAGGCAGGAAUGAGGCCCGAGAGAACCCGGAAUCAGAUCUGCAGGAAGAGGCUGUGGAAGAGAUAGUUCUCGGGUUUGUUGAUGAGGAAGAGGACAAUGAAGCUCUUAGAGAUACACCUCCUGCCUCAGAUGAUGAAGAUGACACCGAACCCGGAUAUGAAAGAUGGCGAAGAGGAAGUGGAGAGUUGAAGAUUAUGCAUGUUUUUGAAAGUAUAAAAGAGUUCAAGGAAGCUGUGUUAGAGUAUGCAUUAAUGGGAGGUUGGAAUGUCAAUUACACAAGAUGGGGAAAUGACAUUUCUGAGGCAAAGUGUGCUGUCGUCGGUGAGGUUCCUUGUACUUGGCGAAUCUAUUGUUCUUAUGAGAGAGUAGUGGAUGCAUACAUGGUGAAGUCGUUCCAAGAAGAGCAUUCUUGCACCAAAGACGGAUCGAACCCGGAGUCUACGGUUGAUCUUGUAACAACCAUUAGAGAUGAUGGGAUUACAAGAGGUUACAAUGCUUCUUGUGUGCUCAACAACAAUCAAAUAUACCCUGUUGCGUGGGGAAUUGUUCAAGUUGAGGACACUGACAAUUGGAAGUGGUUCAUUCAAAGAGUAAAGUCUGAUUUAGACCUCAAAAAUGGUGAAGGGUUCACACUUAUCUCCGACAAACAGAAGGGACUUAUAAAGGCUGUGGAAGAAGAACUUCCUCACAUAGAACACCGGACGUGCGCUAGACACAUAUACGGGAACAUCAAGAAGCUACACCCCAACAAGCCUAGGUUUAAAAAUUUGUUUUGGGCAGUGGCAAAUAGCUUCAACGAGGGUGAUUAUAAAGCGGCACUGAAGGAGCUUAAAGCCUUUGAUUCUCAGAUCUAUGAUGACUUGAUGGUGAGAGAUCCUACAACUUGUACUCGUGCAUUCUUCAGCACCACUCCUAGUUGCGAAGAUGGCCUCAACAAUUUCUCAGAGUCUUACAACAGCGGUUUGAAGAAAGCACGUUCUCUGCCUUUAGUGGGAAUGCUUGCAACCAUGAGAAGACAAGCUAUGGUUAGAAUCGAGGUGAGGAAGAAGAAAUUGGUGAAGUAUAAGGCUAAAUACAGUUUAAAGGUUGCUAAAACCAUCGCUGAAGAGACAAAAAAUCGCAAAUGGUGCAAGAAAAGGACCCCUGGUCCUAAUGGUGUUUCAGAAGUCGAAGAAAAUGGCAUUUCUCACACUGUCAAUAUGGACAGGAGAACAUGUACCUGCAGAAGAUGGGACCUCACCGGGAUUCCGUGUCGUCAUGCUUUGAAGGUGAUUCAAGACAAGAAACUUAAUGCUGAGAAUUUUGUGGCGGAUUGUUACUUAACGACUUUGUGGAAGCAGCAGUAUAGUGAUUCAAUCACUCCAGUCGAAGGAAUGAAGUUUUGGAAGGAAGCUCCUGGUUCUCAGAUUCAACCGCCAGCAAGACCUGCUGAGAAAGGUCGAAAGAAGAAUCCAGAGAAGAGGAAGAAGUCGAUUUAUGAGUCUCCUACCAAAGGGAAGAAAGUUUCUAAACAUUUGAAGACUAUUCAUUGUUAUCGAUGUGGUUUUCCUGGCCAUAACUCUUUAUACUGCAAGAAUGAUGGAGUUCCUAACAAGCCGAGGAAGAUUUAUCCAAGGAAGAAGACACAGCCAUCGCAAGGUGAAGGUCAGGGACCAAGUCAGCCAUCACAAAGCGAAGCUCCGGGACCAAGUCAGUCAUCACAAGCUCAGGGACCAAGUCAACCACCAGCCUAA